CAUCGUGGUGGUGACUGAUGGUCACCCUAUCACUGGUUACAAAGAGCCAUGUGGAGGUGUGCAGGAGGCUGCUAAUGAGCCAGGCAACAUGGGUCAAAGUGUUUGCUGUCGCCAUUUCACCUGACCAGGAGGACACCAGGCUGUCACUCAUUGCCACAGACCACACCUACAGACAGAACUUCACUGCUGUAGAUGACACCAGAGCCACCAAGAUCGGAACCAUUAGAACCAUCAUCAAUAUGAUUAGAGACAAAGAGAAGAGAGGAUAA